AUGGAUGGUUUCAAAGAGCCCAGCAAUUGUUGCACCGGUGACUCCUUUGUUGGCCAAGCGCGCCUCGACCGGAAGCUUCAGGCGAAUAGGGGACAGUCCCGCGGUCCUCUUCUUUUGGUCUUCCGCCUGAUUGAUGUCGCGUCCGGGCUGGAGCUUCUCAUCCCCAGUGAAUUAUUCAUUUCCGAAAGGUUCAUGACGCGAGACCCACCGCUGUUCAUCUCCGUACGAUGCAGUGUUUCUACCAUUGCACAUGGCCAUGAGCAGACUGCUGGUGUUCACGAAAAAAAUCACCUCCCCUCCAGAUAA